GCUCUUAGAAUGUUAGGUGGUUUAGGACGUCCGGGACAGAAUGGUCCACUUUAUCAGGAAGAAUUGUGUGACAGGUUUAUUGAUGGGAUAGGAAAUCGUGAUUUCAAGAACUUUCUUAAGUUAGAAAUGAGAAAAAUGAAAUGUCCGACUUUAGACAUGCUCGUUCAGUUAGCCACUACGUAUGAAUCUGUUGUAGGUUCACCUGAUCGUGUAAGACGCCCGAGUCAAGCUGAUGGCUAUGACAGUGAUACCGAUCGUGAUCGAAUUAAAUAUUCGCCGCAAAAUAAUUAUGACUCAAGGAAUAGUGUUUAUUCCAAUAGAGACAGUAGAUAUAGGCCUAUCAAUUAUAACUAUAGGACAAAUGAUGGUAACAGAGGCCAAAAUUCACAGAUAAUUUGCCAUAAGUGUAAAGAGAUUGGUCAUAUUGCCACAAGGUGUCCUUUAAACUUUCAAAGGUCGCGUUAG